UAUAAAGCUUCUCUGGGCACCAAUUGUGGAUUCAGUUUACUGGAAGCGCAUAGGCCGUCGAAAAUCGUGGAUGGUUCCGUGCCAAUAUCUUAUCGGCAUUUUUAUGCUUUUACUGUCGUACAGAGUUUCGGAAAUUAUGGGUGACAGUAAUAUAGGCAAAUUCAAAACCUCCAAAUGUGCUUUUGUUGAUGUUUUUGUUUCUGCCAUUGAAUUUCCUUGCUGCAACUCAGGAUAUCGCCGUGGAUGGCUGGGCGCUUACUAUGCUUUCCAGACAGCUGGCUUUUUCUUAGGCAAUGUUGUCUAUCUAACGCUUGAUUCACCCGAUUUCGCUAACAGGUUUUUUCGAAGUGAACCAAAAUCCUAUGGUUUGGUGAGUCUGGCCGGUGAGUUUCAUUUAUAAAA